CCGGUGGUUAUUGAGAAAGCUGCAUUGCAAGUGCAAGCGUCUGCCAACAUUCGGCAACCGACUGCAGGGAGGAAGGGACUAUAUAGGCAGCGGUGCUUCUUGAAGCCACACACGUCUAUCCUCCAGCAGCCGACAUGAAGAUUAUCCUGCUCGCUGCCCUGGUCGCUGCGGCCGCCGCUGCCCCUCAAGACUAUGCCUCCAGGGAGGUCAUCCCCAUUGUGAAGGACAUCCGUGUUCAUGAGGACGACGGAAGAUACAGUGUGGACGUGGAGACUGGCAACGGCAUCUUCCAGUCCCAGUCUGGUUCCCCCACCGGAGCCGAGGGAUCGGUGGUCAAGGCUGGCGAAUACUCUUACACUGCCCCUGACGGAACUCCAGUUGUCGUCAAGUUCGUCGCUGAUGAGUACGGUUACCAGCCCCAGUCUGACCUGCUGCCCGUGGCCCCUGAGUUCCCGCACCCUAUCCCUCAGUUCGUGCUGGACCAGAUCGCCUUCGCCGCUCAGGAGGACGCCAACCGACCUCGUGAGGAGAGAUACGAAUAAUACUAAGAAAAUCUACGGUACUAGAGACGGCGUUACAGAGGCGAGCAGUCACGCUGAGACCUGCUGGCUCUCGCAGGAGCUUGCUGCCUGCUCGCCCCUUUGAUGCCGCGAGAAUAUUCCAUAAGCAAAGCAUAUCAUUGACUGACUCGUGUAUUAUUUAUUUGUUACUUUGCUUUUGUAUGAACGCAAUUAAUGCUGUGUAGAAAGCCGAGACUCCUUCCUGUAUUUUUGAUAAUGUAAACACGUUAUUUU